AGCAAACUUCGGACGUCUCCGCGCACCCGCGGUCCCCGCAUUUGGAAGAGCCGCGCGCCAGAAGGCAAGGGACCCCACGGGGAACGCGAAGGCACCGCCAGCCGCCCUCGCCCCCUCCGCGAAGCCGGGGCCGUGGACUGAGACGCGCGGGACAGCCGCGGCGGAGGCGGCCAGGAGAAGAUGCGGGGCUCGGGGCCCCCGGGUGCGGGACGCCGGAGGCCCCCGGGCGACGGCGACACCCCCAGCACCCCUGCAUCUCUGGCCGGCUGCUACUCCGCACCUCGCAGGGCCCCCCUCUGGACUUGCCUCCUCCUGUGCGCCGCGCUCCGGACCCUCCUGGCCAGCCCCAGCAACGAAGUGAAUUUAUUGGAUUCACGUACUGUCAUGGGGGACUUGGGAUGGAUUGCUUUUCCAAAAAAUGGGUGGGAAGAGAUUGGCGAAGUUGAUGAAAAUUAUGCCCCUAUCCACACAUACCAAGUAUGCAAAGUUAUGGAACAGAAUCAGAAUAACUGGCUUUUGACCAGUUGGAUUUCCAACGAAGGUGCUUCCAGAAUCUUUAUAGAACUCAAGUUUACUCUGCGGGACUGCAACAGUCUUCCUGGAGGACUGGGAACCUGUAAAGAAACGUUUAACAUGUAUUACUUUGAAUCAGAUGAUGAGAACGGGAGAAACAUCAAGGAAAACCAGUACAUCAAAAUUGAUACUAUUGCGGCCGAUGAAAGCUUUACAGAGCUUGAUCUUGGUGACCGGGUUAUGAAACUGAAUACAGAGGUCAGAGAUGUAGGACCGCUAACCAAAAAGGGAUUUUAUCUUGCGUUUCAAGAUGUGGGUGCUUGCAUUGCUCUGGUGUCUGUGCGUGUGUACUAUAAAAAAUGCCCUUCGGUGGUAAGACACUUGGCUGUGUUCCCCGACACAAUCACUGGAGCUGAUUCUUCGCAAUUGCUUGAAGUGUCGGGCUCCUGUGUCAACCACUCUGUGACAGACGAACCACCCAAAAUGCACUGCAGUGCUGAAGGGGAGUGGCUGGUGCCCAUCGGGAAAUGCAUGUGCAAGGCAGGAUAUGAAGAGAAAAAUGGCACCUGUCAAGUGUGCAGACCUGGGUUCUUCAAAGCCUCACCUCACAGCCAGAGCUGCAGCAAAUGUCCACCUCACAGUUAUACCCAUGAGGAAGCUUCAACCUCUUGUGUCUGUGAAAAGGAUUAUUUCAGGAGGGAGUCUGAUCCACCCACAAUGGCAUGCACAAGACCCCCCUCACCUCCUCGGAAUGCCAUCUCAAAUGUUAAUGAAACUAGUGUCUUUCUGGAAUGGAUUCCUCCUGCUGACACUGGUGGAAGGAAAGAUGUAUCAUAUUAUAUUGCAUGCAAGAAGUGCAACUCCCAUGCAGGUGUGUGUGACGAGUGUGGAGGUCAUGUCAGGUACCUCCCCCGGCAAAUCGGCCUGAAAAACACCUCUGUCAUGAUGGUGGAUCUGCUCGCUCACACAAACUAUACCUUUGAGAUUGAGGCAGUGAAUGGAGUGUCCGACUUGAGCCCAGGAGCCCGGCAGUAUGUGUCUGUAAAUGUAACCACAAAUCAAGCAGCUCCCUCUCCAGUCACCAAUGUGAAAAAGGGGAAGAUUGCAAAAAACAGCAUCUCUUUGUCUUGGCAAGAGCCAGAUCGUCCAAAUGGAAUCAUCCUAGAGUACGAAAUCAAAUAUUUUGAAAAGGACCAAGAAACCAGCUAUACAAUUAUCAAAUCUAAAGAGACAACUGUGACUGCAGAGGGCUUGAAACCAGCGUCAGUAUAUGUCUUCCAAAUUCGAGCACGCACAGCAGCAGGCUACGGUGUCUUCAGUCGAAGAUUUGAGUUUGAAACCAUCCCAGUGUCAGUUGCAGCAUCCAGCGAUCAAAGCCAGAUUCCUAUAAUUGCUGUGUCCGUGACAGUGGGAGUCAUUUUGUUGGCAGUGGUUAUCGGCUUCCUCCUCAGUGGAAGUUGCUGCGAGUGUGGCUGUGGAAGGGCUUCUUCCCUGUGCGCUGUUGCCCAUCCAAGCCUAAUAUGGCGGUGUGGUUACAGCAAAGCAAAACAAGAUCCGGAAGAGGAAAAGAUGCAUUUUCAUAAUGGGCACAUUAAGCUGCCAGGAGUAAGAACUUAUAUUGAUCCACACACCUAUGAGGAUCCCAAUCAAGCUGUCCAUGAAUUUGCCAAGGAGAUAGAAGCUUCAUGCAUCACCAUUCAAAGAGUUAUUGGAGCAGGUGAAUUUGGUGAAGUUUGUAGUGGACGUUUGAAACUUCCAGGAAAAAGAGAUUUACCUGUGGCAAUCAAAACCCUGAAAGUAGGCUACACAGAAAAGCAACGCCGAGAUUUCCUGGGUGAAGCAAGUAUCAUGGGGCAGUUUGAUCAUCCUAACAUCAUUCACUUAGAAGGUGUUGUGACCAAAAGCAAACCAGUGAUGAUAGUGACAGAGUACAUGGAAAACGGAUCCUUAGAUACAUUUUUAAAGAAAAACGAUGGGCAGUUCACUGUGAUUCAGCUUGUUGGCAUGCUGAGAGGCAUCGCGGCAGGAAUGAAGUACCUUUCUGACAUGGGCUACGUGCAUAGAGACCUUGCUGCCAGAAACAUCUUAAUCAACAGUAACCUUGUGUGCAAAGUGUCUGACUUUGGACUUUCCAGGGUGUUAGAAGAUGAUCCUGAGGCAGCCUACACCACGAGGGGAGGCAAAAUUCCAAUCAGAUGGACUGCCCCAGAAGCUAUAGCUUUCCGAAAGUUUACCUCUGCCAGUGAUGUCUGGAGCUAUGGCAUCGUGAUGUGGGAGGUUGUAUCUUACGGGGAAAGACCCUACUGGGAGAUGACCAAUCAAGAUGUGAUUAAAGCAGUAGAGGAAGGCUACCGUCUGCCAAGCCCCAUGGACUGUCCUGCUGCUCUCUAUCAGUUAAUGCUGGAUUGCUGGCAGAAGGACCGGAGUAGCAGGCCCAAGUUUGAUGAGAUCGUCAACAUGUUGGAUAAGCUGAUACGUAACCCAAGUAGCUUGAAGACGCUGGUUAAUGCAUCAAGCAGGGUAUCUAAUUUAUUGGCAGAACAUAGCCCACUGGGAUCUGGGGCCUACAGAUCAGUAGGUGAAUGGCUAGAAGCAAUCAAAAUGGGCCGGUAUACAGAGAUUUUCAUGGAAAAUGGAUACAGUUCAAUGGACGCUGUGGCUCAGGUGACCUUGGAGGAUUUGAGACGGCUUGGAGUGACUCUUGUUGGUCACCAGAAGAAGAUCAUGAACAGCCUUCAAGAAAUGAAGGUGCAGCUGGUGAAUGGGAUGGUGCCAUUGUAACUUCAUUUUAGUGUCACUUCGUCAAGUUAAUGAUUCUGCACUUUGUAAACAAGCCCUGAGAUUUAUUUUAACAAACAAACAAACAAACAAAAAAAGGGAAAAAGGGAAAACUCAGUGAUUUCUAAACCUUAGGAGAGCAUUUGUUUCAGCCACAGAAUUUGUAAUCAGUGUUUUGCUAAAAUCUCCUUAUCUUCCUCAGUGUCUUCAUUUUUCAUGAAGCAAAUAUAACCUGCAUGGAAUAAAAACAUGAAUUUAAACAUUAUCUUAUGUUGCAACAAGAAAAUCAUUUCCGCUACUUCUACAAAAUUUUAUAAAUGAAAUAUAUAACUAUAUAGAGCACCUUUACAGACGGAAUUAAGGCAGCCCCUUUCAAAACUUCCAAGAAUCUACUUGAAAGGAAAAGUUUAUAGCCAUUCGUGGGCUAACAAAGCUGCAAUUUACUGAAGUUUACUUCAAGUGUUAAUCGUCUACAUAAGUGUAUUGAAGAGCAAUAUGAUUAGGUAAUUUCUUAAUAGAUACCUUUUUUUGUAAUUUUAAAAUGCUGUUACACAGCGUUAAGUUAUAGACUCUAGUGUAUAAAAAUGUUGCUUGAUUAAGGACAAGUACAAUACAGGGUGUAUAUUUAUUUUUCUGUGUUAUAAAAUUUACUUUUAGUUGCUCUUCUAGAAACCAUUAGGUAAUCAAUGUGUAUAUACUGUAUAAUUUGCUAUAUACCCAGGAAUCAAUUUAAGUUGCAGUUUUGUGUGUGAUGCUUGCACAUGUGUGCGUUAUCAUUCUGCUUGCAUUUUUGAUAGUUUUAAUUUGGGCAACAUACAGGAAUAAGUGCUCCACAGUGUAAUAUGAAUAGGAGAAGUAGGGAAGCGGUAAAACGAAAAUUUAACACAAGCUUGUGUCUCUCUUCCUCUCAUGUAUCCAAAAGCUACUAAAUCUCUUUAUUCACUAACAGGAAAUGUCUAUAAGAUUAAAUCCCCUUUGGCUUUUUGAAAACACUUUGUGAUAUCUGUGACAAUGCAGUUCUUCUAGCCAUUAAUCUUGCACCCCUGUAAGAAAUUUCACCUUUCUGAGUCCCAGAAAAUAUCUUGUCAAGCAAAGUUGACACCGAAGGGCACAUUUUCAGCAGGAUGUAGAAGGAUUUAACUGUGCAGGCUUCUGUUAAUGUUGUUAAAUCCAGGCACAUAGCACUAAGCGUUACCCCUAAGUGUUAAUCCUUUGUAACCGUUUCCCUUGUGGUUCAGCCCUAGAAAUUUUGAUGCUAAGGCAGCGAUGGAAUAAUGAAAUACACACAUACACACACACACAC